GCCCGGCCAAGGAUCCGUCACCUGGUACCGUAGUACGAAGUACGGAUUACAGUACCACCUCUGGUAAGGGAGCUCCCCGCUAGCGCCGCGUUCCGUAAAGCCAUUGCCGGCUCGACACGCCUCGAGUACCAGACGACGGGACGUCUUCCCAACGAAGCGAUGUGAGCAGGCUUGCACUGAACCCGGAAACUUGGCAAAUUCUUGUCAAACCACUUUUUCUCUGCCUUACAUUGUCGUUUCCAGUUGGCAGGCCUGUUCGAAGCGGGAAAAGGUCGGGCUCCAACCUGAAGAAACCAAAGCCGAUGACAUCGCCCGUCCCGUCUGGACUUUUGGAACUAAUACGAACCCCCGGUCUUUGCCGCAGCAGGUCCCAUUUUCUCGGCAUCAUCCUCCACGCCCAACUGCAACCUAUUUCCGGGCGGCACUGCACACAGGUGAAUUUAAAUCUAGUGCGUCGAGCAGCAACAAGCGAGGCGUGCUGAGCGCAGAGCCAUUGCGUCUGGGCCUCUUCGGCCGCAAAGUCCGCACGCCGACUGUUUUUCCACGGAAGCCCCCGGUCCCGGUCGAUAUCCCCUGGCGCGGUCGCAUCCAUCCUUCAUGGCCUUCUCGAUGUCGACGGCAAGAUGAACUCCCUCAAUAUCAUCUCGGCCCGAGUCUCCCCUCCGCCGAGCCCAGCACCGUCACGAUCGAACUCGCUCAACGCUCUAGGGUUAGCUGUGAGCUCCGACGCCGACGGGCCGCGGCAGAACCAGACCGAGAGCGCGCUCGGUAACGUCGAAGAGAAAGACGGGUUAGUCGCCGAGCCCGACGACUUCCGAUUGGAAAGCACGCCCAUAGAUGACCGUAGCCAUGGGUAUGGGGUCGAUGAUACGACGCCCGUGAUCCCUCAGGCGAAGGAGAUCAGCCCGAGAGGCUCGAUGUGGGUGCUCUAUCCGAAGCGGAUCGCCAACGCCUUUGUAGAUUCCAUACGAUGGAUGCUGUCGACUCUGACCGCGCCCGGUGUCUACUUGUACGCCUGCUUCUGCGACGAGAACGGCCAUUUUGCGCCACUGCAGCAGCUCGGGAAGUUGUUCGGCUUCUAUGGCGGUAAUGCGAAGAGGAUGGCGCUGGAUUAUAACGAGGGGAUAGCGGCGUCCGAGAAGCGGCGAAAGGGUCUGGAUGGUUCCGCCAGCAGAAGCGGUCGAGGGAAAAAUAGGGCACUACGCGUCACUGGGCAGAGCGGCUCUUCGUCGUCCGGCCUCUCAUCGGAAUCAGAAACAGAUCCGGACCGCAAGAGACAGGGCGGCCGUCGAGGAACAAGUGGCAAACACUUGCGCUCAAAGUCGUUGCCGGACUCCGACGACGCCGCCCCGGCUCAGCGUUCCAUAAGGAUCAAGCUGAGCUCCGACGAGGCCCUCCGACAGAGGAAGCACCGGAAAUCGCAGUCGACUGGUAUCCGGGAAAGCAGCGAUUCCGGCGACGCCAUAGAAACCAUUUCUGCCCAGCUCAAGUCGCCAACUUCUCCCUCCGGCGCCCUCACCAAAUAUCCCAAGACGCCUGCUCCUCCGCGGCCAUUGAUACCCCGUCGGCAACCCUCUUACAUCAACAAAAACGUAGAAAUGACCGACGUCAGGCAUCAAAAGACGCUGAUUCUCGAUCUUGACGAAACCUUGAUACACAGCCUCUCCAAGGGCGGGCGGAUGGGGUCGGGGCACAUGGUCGAGGUGCGGCUCAACACGACGUACCAGAGCGCGGGCGGGCAGACGGCCAUCGGGCCGCAACACCCAAUCCUGUACUACGUACACAAGCGUCCGCACUGCGACGAAUUUCUGAGGCGGGUCAGCAAGUGGUACAACCUGGUCGUCUUCACGGCGUCGGUGCAGGAGUAUGCCGACCCGGUCAUCGACUGGCUCGAGGCCGAGCGUAAGUACUUCUCGGCUCGCUACUACCGCCAGCAUUGCACCUUCCGGCAUGGGGCUUUUAUCAAAGACCUCAGCUCAGUGGAGCCGGACCUGAGUAAAGUUAUGAUUCUCGAUAAUAGCCCACUGAGCUAUAUGUUCCACCAAGACAAUGCAAUCCCGAUACAAGGCUGGAUCAGUGACCCGACGGACAGCGACCUCAUGUAUCUAAUACCCUUACUAGAGGGCCUGCAGUAUGUGUCUGAUGUGCGCGCGCUCCUGGCCUUGCGCGGGGGCGAGGACGGGCAGCAUAUGGCUUGAACGAGUGUAGAAGAAGAAAAAAAUAAGCUGAUCUUUGGGCAUCCAUGUACUAGCAUCCAGGUGCUCGGCAAGGAUCGGAGCAUCUGUGGCAUUGUUUUUCUUUGGAGAGAGCGAAGGAAGGA